UACCGACUCUUGUCGCUCGCGCGCGCCUUGCGCGAUCAACUCGCAGAGCUUUUGUAAUGGAAUUAUCGGCAGGGCGAGUGAAAAUUGGAACAGUCGUGAGCGAACCGUGAGAACUUUUGUUUCUGUAUGAGUCAAUCUGUGGUCGAGUCAUGGCGUAUGUCAAUGUAUCCGAGUGGAAAGCCGAUCAAGUGUGCGAAUGGCUAAGAGGUUUAGAUAGUACCAUACAUCCCUAUAUUCAUAGUUUUUUAAAUCAUGAUAUAAAUGGACAACACUUGUUGAUCAUACAAUCACCAGAUUUAGAACGUUUGGGUGUAAUGAAGAUUGGCCAUCAAGAAAUUAUUCUUGGUGCUUUGGAAUAUCUUAGAAAUUUUCAUUAUGACCUGGAUAAAGAGAAUCUGCAACUGCUGGCAUUACGGCUUUCAAGCCAAGCGCAUAGCUUGCACAAUCAGAUGUGUAGUCAAAUGGACUCAGAAUUCGUUAGCACUCAAGCAUUGUCGGAUGUAGCAUCAAUUAUGAUGGUGAUCAAACCUUUAGUAAGAUGGAUGGAUUAUCCUCCAUUUAGUGGAGACAUAACAUAUCAAGGCAAGAAGAGUGAAUUGCUGAAUCUAUCUAUAGAAAUGGCUGCGUGUGCACAAAGAGAUAGAUUUGCUGACAAGCCGGUUCAAGCAAUUAGAACAACUUGCAGUCGACUAGCAACGUUAGCAGAUUAUAUUAUUCAAGAUAUCUCUGAUCCGAUAAUACUGGAGCCUGCAAUUUUAGAUAUAGCAGUAUUAAGAAAGAAAUCUAGCGAUGAUCUGGGUUUUCAUAUCUUACCAUCUUUUCAUGGAAUACACCAGAUAACUGAAGUUAAACCUGGAUCUGCUGCACAUCAGACUGGCAAAAUGAUGGAAGGAGAUGAGAUAGUUCAGGUAAAUUAUCAAACGGUAGUUGGUUGGGAAAAGAAGCAUUUGCUUGAAUUAUUUCGUGAAAGCCCAGCAGUAAUGCUUUUGACUAUAAAACGUAGACCAAAGCAUACUAAAAUGUAUGGAAAACUUUACAUAGGGCCAUAUAAACUUCCAAGUAACAAAAACACCUCUUACUCAAAGCAAGGGCGUAAUGUUUCAUCUCCUAGACCAGAUUUAUUAACAAUAUCUGAUUUUGCAAUGCCAUCACCUAGGUAAGCUAUCUUUCUACAUGUAUCUUAAUUAUAGUACUGCUAACAUUCUUUUUUUAUCUGAUAACAUGGAUACACAGAGUGUCCCAGAAGGUAGGCAAUUUCUCAAAAGUAUGCAAAUCAGAUGAAAAUAAAUUUUCUAUAAAUCUUUUCUAUAACGUAUAUCACUGCCAAGAUAGUCAUCUUUAAAAUAAAGAUUUAAAAAAACAAUUUUCUUAAAUAAUAUAAUUUUUGUGCUGUUGUU